UUCCUGCUGUAGUUGAUGAGUCCUCUUGGAGAGAAGAAACACAACAAAAUACGCUGGCAUAGCAAUUUAUGGCCUUAGUACGGCUUUCAGAAGAGAGAAAUGAGGUGGCUUGAGAGAAAUACAACAGUGGCAAAAGGUUCCAGAAAAUGUUGUGUUGAGUUCCAUCACAACACUAAAUUUGUAAUGAAAUGGAGUCUGGGUCAAGCUCCUUUCGAGUGGAAUUUCCAGAUUUUUCUAGCACCAUUUUGCAGAAGUUAAACCAACAGCGCCAGCAAGGACAAUUAUGUGAUGUGUCCAUUGUGGUUCAGGGCCAUCUCUUCAGAGCCCAUAAAGCUGUUCUUGCAGCUAGUUCACCUUACUUCUGUGAUCAGGUUCUUCUGAAAAACAGCAGGCGAAUAGUCCUGCCUGAUGUGAUGAAUCCCAGAGUAUUUGAAAACAUUCUUCUAUCUACCUAUACAGGCCGGCUGGUAAUGCCUGCGCCAGAAAUUGUUAGUUACCUGACAGCAGCAAGUUUCCUUCAGAUGUGGCAUGUAGUGGAUAAGUGCACUGAAGUGCUUGAGGGGAACCCAACAGUUCUGUGUCAGAAGAUGAAUCAUGGCAGUGACCAUCAGUCCCCAAGCAGUAGUAGCUACAAUGGCCUUGUUGAAACCUUUGAACUUGGCUCUGGAGGACAGACAGAAUUCCACAAAGUGCAGGAACUAAGGGACGGUGAAAAUGAAGAAGAGAGCUCUAAAGACGAACUGUCAUGUCAGCUGACAGAACACGAGUACCUUCCCAGUAAUUCUUCAACAGAACACGAUAGACUUAGCACUGGAAUGACCAGUCAGGAUGGCGAAGAAGGAACUAGUGAUAGUGCAGAGUACCAGUAUACCAGACCAAUGUAUAGCAAACCCAGCAUCAUGUCUCACAAGCGGUGGAUCCAUGUGAAACCAGAAAGGUUUGAACAAGACUGCGAAGGCGUUGAUAAUCCUUAUGAUGAACACCAAGUUUCUGAAUCCAUGAAUGCCAUCCAGGCAGAUCACUCAAUCCAGUCUUCGGGUGUUGAAGAUUUUCACAUAGGUGACAAAAAGAUGGAAGCAGAAUUUGAUGAACAGGCAGAUGAAAGUAAUUAUGAUGAACAAGUUGACUUCUAUGGCUCGUCUAUGGAAGAAUUUUCCGGUGAAAGGGCAGAUGGAAAUUUAAGUGCUCACAGACAGGAUCUUAUGAUGGCAGCAGGCUAUGGUGAAAGCAUUGAUAUGGCUGCCGGGAUUAAAGAAGAAACGUCUCUCACUGGAUUCUCCCAUGCCGAUAAGCUCUAUCCUUGUCAGUGUGGAAAAAGCUUUACACACAAAAGUCAGAGAGAUCGGCAUAUGAGUAUGCACCUUGGUCUUCGACCUUAUGGCUGUGGUGUCUGUGGUAAGAAAUUCAAAAUGAAACACCAUCUUGUAGGCCAUAUGAAAAUUCAUACAGGCAUAAAACCAUAUGAGUGUAACAUCUGUGGGAAAAGAUUUAUGUGGCGGGACAGUUUUCAUCGGCAUGUGACCUCUUGUACCAAGUCCUAUCAGGCUUCUAAAGCUGAGCAGAGUACUACUGAGAUGAACUAAGACAUGAGUGUUUACAUUUGUUUAGUAGAGUAAGAAAAAUAAACUCAUUAUGCAAAUAAUGUCUGGUACUUGCUAUUGUACGUUCUCAAAAAAACAAGUUUUAAUGAGUAUGCUGGUAUAAACAGAAAAACAUUUUGCUUUCUGCAGUAUUACUUCAGGUGUUCAGUGUGUGAAGUGCAUGUGGUUAAUCUGAAAGGUGCCUGCAAAAUGAGGUCUGACAUUGUAAUCACAGCAGUAUUUAGAAGCCGUCUUGUAUUUCUAAGUCAUCUAAAUUCACAGUAAAACUCAGCUCUAAAUUGACAAAAAUCCUGAAAAUACUUAGAUGAACCAGGAAUUCAGGUAGAACGACUUAAUGGAAAAGAAAAUGAAGAUGACCAAAUCGCGUUACACGAUUCACGUUUUAAUGAAGAAAAAAAAAAUUAGAAUUCCACCUCAAGGUGAAGACUGCCAACAUACUUAACAUGCAUCCUUAGGUAGUGUGCAUCAUUCAGUAGCCUUUGCUGUAUUGCUUAAUGAAAGGCAGUGGUAAAGGUGGUUUGGCUUUCCUUUAUCUGUCUUCUGUUUUUUUAAUAUAUCUUCAGUAAAACAAAUGUCUAAUUUUGUGCUGAUUUCUAUUUAGAGUCUGUAAUGCACUUACAUAUAAGCUUCAGUAUAUGUUAAGUAUACUUUAUCCUUGCUCCUCUAGGGUCUAAUGCUGUACGACUCUUGACUUCAUUAGAUUUUAAUUACUACGUUGUGAGAGCUUCUAGACGUAUGUGUAAUAAGUAUGUCUUGUAAAAAAAAAAAGAAACCAACAAAAAGAUGUAACAUUUGGAACUUAGUCAAAAUAAUCAAAUAUUUAAACUGUAAAUUUCUGUUCAAAUUUUUGUGGCUUACUACAGUAGCAAGUACCAAACUCUGGAUUCAUGAACUGACUUCUUAUUGGUACAAAAACUUCUCUGAGAACUUCUAUCUAGUUUUAGAAACCUGCUUUAGGAAAAUUAUGUAGUCAUUGAUACGUAUUUAUACUUCUAAUUCUUUACUGUUUGAAUAGUAAGAACUGUAAUACAGAUUCUUGGUACUGAACUACUGUGACUGGUGAUCACAAGCAGAGUUGUUUACUUGCUCAAAUGAAGUUGCUUGUGGAAAAAAGUAGGAAGUAUGUCAUUUGGAUCUUCUAAUGGUACUGCAGAACAUGGUACCAUGCUUACGUCUGAAGUUGGGAUUUUUGCUGGGAAAGUGACACUUGUUCUUUGUCAGGAUGAGGAUCUGUGUGUGGGGCUCUCAUUCGUGGAGACAGAUGGAGGAGUGUGUAUAGUUCUAAGAGAUGCUGCCAGCUCUGCAGAUAGAGUAAAAGCAUCCGUUUUAAAGGGGACAACAGGAUUUUGGGGUUUAAAGCUUAAUGCAGUCCAAUGCAAAAGCAAUUGCUUCUUAGUAAGCAAAAGCUUCUUAGUAGCUUACUGAAAUAUGAAAAGGAAAGAGCCUUUAGAAUAUACAUAGAAUAUAAUAGAAAGAGGUGACAUCCAAGUAUAGUGCUGUUCACAUGGGGAAAAUGUUAACCAGCAUUAAAGACCUAAGCCUGUCUGGCCCCAAUUUCUGUCUUAGGCACUGCUGUGUGCAGGAUAAUGUACUGAAACAGAUGACCCUGUAUGGUGAAGCAAAACCACACAAAGAUUAUUACACUUCAGAUUCUUUUUUGAACUCCCAGUUACAAAUUGUCUUAAGAUACAACUCAACUGUAUCCUGAAAAUGAAUGUCUGCUGCAAGCUGAGGGUUUUCUACUCAGUGAGCUGUAAUUACUGUAUUUUCUUUACUGGCAUUCUACUUUAAAACCAUUUUUUUUUUUUUAAGAUGCUCUUAAUUAUUGAUCUUCUAAUGCUUCAAAUAUUUUUUCAUAUGGAAUUUUGUUAAAAUAGAUGUUCCCAAGUACAAUGAACCCAUUGCUGGCAAUGGGCAUGAAUGAUCAGCACCACAAGAGUUCCUAUUCUUAGCACUUAAUUGAACUCUACAGAAACCAUGGUGGCCAUGUUUAACCUUUGUGAUCAAGGUACAAAACAGGGAUUUUGCUCACUAACACUGUAACCUGCUUAAUGUAUAGAAGCACUUUGUAUUUAAACAAAAAAAAAAUAAAACAAAAAAACCAACAAAAAAAACCAACAAAAAACCAAACAAACCAUAAAACUUUAUAAGUACGUUUUUUAAACUUAGAAAUUAUAUUCCCUCUAUGGUUUGUUUACACACUGCUAACACUGUCUUUUUUAAUACUAAAAAAUACUUUAAUGCUUGCCUGUUUACAUGAGGGUAGAGGAAAGGGUUCUUGCACUCAGUGGCCCCAUUUUUCCAUUCUCCAAGGCGUUACCACAUACAUGGCGUCAUUUCUGCAAGUACCAUCAUCCCAUCUGAAGGAAGGCAUUAGAAUCAUAGAAUGGUUUGGGUUGGAAGGAGACUUUGAAGGUCAUCUACUUCCAACCCCCCUGCCAUAGGCAUGGACACCUUCAACUAGGCCAUGUUGCUCAGAGCCCCAUCCAACCUGGCCUUGAACAUGUGCAGGGUGUUUAUUCUCAUACUCAUUAAAAGAAUGAUCUUGUGUAUUACAUCAGUUCUCAGCCCCUUUCCAAUUGUCACUUUAGUUUUGCAUAAAAAGGUUAAGGGUGCCUCUUCCCAUUUAACCAUAAAAAAGGCUGGACAGAAACACCAGUCUGAAAAAUACGGUGAAAAAAUCAAUAAAUAUGUCGAACCCAGACCAUCCUACAGAGCUGCCAGCAAAACUGUUUCUUUUACCAGCUUGGAAUGACUUUUAUAUGGGAUAUUUCUAGGUUUAACAUUACUUCUAUUUGCAGUAAGAUUACUUUGAAAUAAAGCUUUAAAAUCAAAUGUA